AUGAUCACCAAUAUUGGUGUCAAUAUUCUGAAAGGUGAGGAUACGCCAGAAUGCGCACGGACACUUGACGCGAUGGCGGAAGUCAAACGGGAGAUAAGGUUGAAGGACCGACCACCGGUCCGGACUGACUCUUCUCAGGAUCGCCUCUCAAGACCAUUUCAAGAUAAACGCCUGAGGUACUCGAGCUCUCGAUCAAAGACAUAUGAUAAUUGGCUAGACAAUUCUUGCUGGAUGAACUAUCGAAAAGUGCAACGGUCCUCCAAUGCACAGUUGCAUUGUCUGGUCCUUAAUCAAGUCGUGUGGGAACCAUUCGUUAAUUGCCGCGAUUGCUCAGGAAUCCCUUUCGCUUGUUCCAUGGCCUCCAAGAGCAAACCGUCUCUCCGUCCCGGAAGGGGACGGCAGCGAAAAGCCGUCCUCUCUAUUGAUACCCAUCUAGGGUCCUACGACCGCACGGACCCAUUUCGCGCGUUCAAUGUUCUCGCAGGCCUUCUGGGAUCCUUAGCUUCGCGUCUUGGAGGGUGUCAAUACAAACUCUCGCUCCACCUCCUCAUGAUUGUCGAGCCCUACAUUGGCGACGAGUCCCCUUCCCGGCGGAUCCUCAUUACGCGUCAGCCCACCGAGAUUCUCGACGCCAUCGUCUUCCACAUCGAUUCGAAGCAAGAUUUGUUAUCGCUUGCUUUGUCUUGCCAGCGUAUGCACGAUAUCGUUGUGCCCCGGCAUUUGGACUAUCGAGUCCUGCGAUGCAAGGUCAGCUCGAUCAGUGUGUGGAACCACUUGAUCGUCAAUCGAUCUUUGGCAAAAAACGUCAGGAGGCUGGAGAUUCUAGAUGAGAGUCGCACGGAUACGGACUUGGAGUCGACCGAUGACGAGCUGGGAAUGCAUGAAAGGCAGGAGAGGUAUCUCGUCUCGGCAUUGACGAAGAUGACUACACUUAACUCGUUCGUGUGGUCGUGUAACCACUCUCCGAUCUCGAUUGAUAAUGUUUGGCCAACUUUAUUGAAGUGCCAUUCGUUAUCUGAAGUCAGGAUCAACGAUAAUAUGAUCUUCGGCCCGACAUCCGGUGAAGAUACUCAGGUGGCUCGUUCUCUCGUCCUUCCAUCUGUCAAAACCGCGUCGUUCCAAUCCACGAAGCACAUCUAUGGCUCAUGUCAGAAUCCAGAGCUGGGUCGUAUCAAAGACAUGCUCAACCACUGCCCCAAUCUCGAGGAUCUCAACAUAUCCUACGCGCGUCCCCGGCCCCCAUUCGCCGCCCACAUACCUGCAGAUGAACUGUUCUUGUACGGUCGAUGGCCUUGCCUCACUACGCUAACCCUUACAAACCUCCGCGGCGCCAGUGACGCGGCAUCCGCCUUCAUAUCCGCCCACCCUAGCUUGGAGGUCCUUAACAUCGACAUGUCCCCAAUUGCAUUAUACGCCAACUCACUGCCGCGUCUCCGAGAGCUCACAGCACACAAAGACGUCGUCACUGCGAUCCUAUCAUGCCCGUCGGAAGAGCCCCGUCCACUAGAGACAAUCAGAGGUGCACGCCUUUCCGGUUCGUGCGACGCUUUCCUCUCCAGCCUCAAGCUCUUCGGAGGGUCCAUAAAGAAAAUGGAGCUCAGAGGUUGGAAUGAUAUGGACGAUAUCCGCCGGCUCGUCGAGAGCUCGCCCAUGCUCUCUUGGCUCGAUAUCGGAAAGAAACUCAGCGGCGGACAGAACCUGGCUGGGGUAGUCGAAUGGGCGAACCUACUAACAGGACUACCCGAGUUGGUGGCGUUCCAUGGGGUGAAGUUCUUCUACGAGGCUUCAGCUUCGGUCUCUUCGACUUCUAUGGCGGAUCGUAGCAGGUUCCGUAAGAACGACGAAGUGGCAAGCUUGCUGGCUUGGAAGUGCGCGAAGCUGAGGAGAAUGGAUCAUUGGGAGGAUGGGCUUGGGAAGGUCGUCGUUUUGGUAAGGGAGAAGGAUGGAGCGAAGUGGAAGGACUGCUUCAUCGAGACAAGUACAGAAGCCUUUUGGACAAUUAUUACUUAUUAUUGUUCUCAUCUUCAUGUGGAACGCAGGAUCGCUGAGCUUCGCGGGCUGUCGUGUGAACGGUCCGAGUUGGAGAGAAACGAAGUCAAUAGCUUCCCUGUCCUCGGCAAGUGA